UGCUAAGGCAGGACUCCACUAGAAAUCACACACACACACACACCAAUCACAAGUUACCGCCUCCAUCACAUGGAGAGACAGAGGGGCCGGUUCAACACGGUGCAGCGGAGCCGAGGACAGUGAGGGGUUUUGGGAUCCGGCUGGGAGACAUAAGGAGGACAGCGCAGCAGUGGUUGUGGAUUAAUAUCAACGGUCACUUAUCAACGGUCACUUAGCAACGGUCACUUUGCCGCUUCUUUUUCUCAGCUGAGAUGUUUCAGGACUCGACGGCAGAAUCCUUCAUCCCUGUUGUGGUGCAGUGCCGGACCUGAGAACUGAGCUGAAGUCAGCAGGCCUAAGGGCCCCCCGACCAUUAAGACAUGCUGGCUGCCAUGCUGCGUCAGAGUUCUGGCGGAGGAUCAGGAGGUGGCGGUGGUGGCGGCAGCAGCAGCAGCAGCACCACCGGUGGUGGUGGUGGUGGAACCAAACUCUCUUUAAGCAUCUCCCGGUUCUCCAGCUCCAGCUUGGGUCCAGCGAGCCCUACCAGCGUGGGCCCCUGGUCACCGGGCAUAGGCUCCAAGAGUGGCUCGGUGAGCUCGGACAGCCCAGACGUUCCCGCCUCCGAUCCCGUCUAUAUCAUGCAGCUGGUCAGCGAUGUGCGCAAGUUUGCUGAUGUGCUUCUACAACUCAAAGAAGUUUUCAGCUCCAAAGAGCACCAGGACUGCCUCCAUCACGCAGCACACGAGCGUCUCGGGGAGCUGCUGCGAGUCCUAAAGGCCAUUAUCGGCAAACACCAGAGCCUCAACUCGGUGGACAUCCUCAGUACAGCAGGAACCGUCAUCGCCACGGUCAAAGGGGUGAACUUUAAGGAGGUGAACGAAGAGAACAAACAGAAGCAUUUCGGAGAGAUCUACACUGCUAUCGACACAUUGGCGUUCACAUUUGGCAAUGUAGUGUCUGACUUCCUUAUGGGAGAUGUAGAGAAUGGAUCAGUGUUGGGGCUCCCCCUAACUAAGAGAAGCAGGUCUUUUGAGAACCUCUCUGUGGAAUCUGGAGGAUCCAGUCCCGAGAAAGAUGAUCCGCCGGGGCCCUCUCCGCCGGUUCGGGCAGAAGAGGUGGACAGGACACUGCAGCGGCAAGACAGCGGGGUGGAGUCGGCGCUGCUCUACGCCAAGGCCUGGUCCAAGUACACCAAAGAGCUGCUGGCGUGGGUGGAGAAGCGUCUCAGUAUGGAUAUUGAGUGUGCAAAGAGUUACGCCAAAAUGGCCGAAUCUGCCAAGACGCUUGCAAGUCAGCAGGAAUUCAUGCCUUUCCGUGAGAUCUACACGACUGCUUUCAAAAACGACAUUGAAUACAGCCAGCUGGUACUUCACACCGCAGCAGUGCUCCAAAGCAACAAAUUUGUACAGCCUCUCCUGGCCAGAAAGAAUGAGCUGGACAAACUACGAAAAGAGGUCAAGGAGCAGUGGCAGAGAGAGCAAAAGAAAAUGAACGAGGCAGACAGUGCUCUGCGGAAGGCCCGGCUGCUGCAGGCCCAGCGGCAGGAGGAGUACGAGAAGGCCAAGGUGUCCACCAGCCGCCUCGAGGAGGAGCAGAUCGGAGGAGGAGGAGGAGCAGCGGCGGCCAAACAGCUAGAGAAGAGGCGCAGGCUGGAGGAGGAGGCCCUGCAGAAGGCUGAGGAGGCCAGGGAGCACUGCAAAGCGUGUCAGAUUGAUGUCGGGGACAAGAGAGUCGAUCUAGUCAACACCAAGAGCGAGAUCAUCACUCAGAUCCGAGAGAUGGUCUCUCAGUGCGACCUCACCCUCAAGGCUAUGACGGUCAAUUGGUUCCAGCUCCAGCAGGCCCAGGUUGUAUCCCUCCCUGUCAACCACCAGAGUCUGUGUGAAAAUGCCAAACUGUACGAGCCGGGCCAGCGCUACAUCGACUUUGUCGGGAGUCUACCCACCAAUGGGCCUCGCCUGGAGUCCCACUCGUUUGAUUCAGCUGCCACACAGAACACAGGGAUGCCUUUCAACAAACGCUCGUUAAGUGGCAGCCACUCGUCCCACAGUAACCUGUCGCAGGCGUCUGUGACCUCUGACCUCCUUGGUGCGGAUGACGUGGACAGUCCCAUCACUGCCCAACAUGCCAAGAUUGCAGAGAGGUGCUCCAACAGCAGCACUGACAUCCAAGCACUUCGGAUUCAGGCCUCAUUUCGUCCUUGGGCCUCGGGCAGCCAGGGGGGAGGGAUGUGCAGCGACUCGGAAAGUGCUGGAGGGAGCAGUGAAUCCCGGUCUAUGGACUCCCCCACUGCAAGCCCAGGAGACUUCAAGAGGAGAUUACCCAGAACCCCCUCAACCGGCACCAUGUCGUCUGCUGAUGACCUGGAUGAGAGAGAGCCUCAUUCACCUUCUGAUAACGGUUUAAGUGAGAUGGUAAUCGAAUCAGCCAGCUCCCCAGGUCCCUUCAGAAACACCCAGAUGUCCAAGGCUUCUCAAACCCACAAGCUGAGGAAGCUUAGAGCGCCAUCCAAGUGUCGUGAGUGCGACGGCCUGGUGGUGUUCCAUGGAGCCGAGUGUGAGGAGUGUUCGUUGGCCUGCCAUAAGAAGUGUCUGGAAACCCUGGCCAUCCAGUGUGGCCAUAAGAAGCUCCAGGGGAAGCUCCACCUCUUCGGCAUUGACUUCACACAGGCAGCUAAGAACAGUCAGGAUGGCAUCCCCUUCAUCAUACGGAAGUGUACAUCAGAAAUCGAGAACAGAGCGCUCAACCUUAAGGGUAUCUACCGCGUGAAUGGUGCCAAGUCUCGGGUAGAGAAGCUUUGCCAGGCGUUUGAGAAUGGCAAGGACCUGGUGGAGCUCUCCGACCUUUAUCCCCACGACAUCAGCAACGUACUCAAACUCUACCUGAGACAGCUUCCAGAGCCGCUCAUCCUGUUUCGCUAUUACAACGACUUUAUCGGUCUGGCCAAGGAAAGCCAGAGUAUCAUUGUGGAGGAACUGGAGGCGUCACGACUCAGUGCCACCCCGGUGAACCCGGCCCAGGUCAGCGUGGACCUCAACCGGGUCCUCUUCAAGAUCAAGGACCUGCUCAGGCAGCUACCACCAACUCAUUACAAGACACUGCAGUUCCUCAUAGAGCAUCUGCACCGGGUGAUGGAGCAAGCAGAGGAGAAUAAGAUGACAGCCAGCAACCUGGGUAUCAUCUUUGGCCCAACACUGGUCAAACCAAGGCAGGCGGAUGCCGAAGUUUCCCUUUCCUCUCUGGUGGAUUACCCGUAUCAGGCGCUCAUUGUUGAGCUCCUGAUCAGACACUACCAGAUGAUCUUUGACACCCCCCUCAGUCCCCUGAGUUGCAACACGCCUACAGACAUUGAUUCCCAACUCCGCCUCACCUACCGGGAGCAUGAGCAGCUGAGCAGGCACUCCAAGUCGCUGGGAGACAUUAAGGAGCAGAGCUCUAAGGUUUAUAAGAGGCAUUCCUCUAUAAUUCCUUCUUCCCAUUUGGUGGCUGAGGUUCAGGAGAGCAUGCCACGCCUCGCCAGAAGAGACUUUGAGCCUGUUGAUGAGGUGGAUUCUGAGGCCUUCAAUGGGGUUUCGUCGCCAAGCGUCUCUGAGGUUCUGAAACCUGGCGAGAGAGGCCUCAGUCGCUCUCCGCAUAUCGCCAUCACCAGAGUCCAGCUUCGACACACUCGCAACAAACUGUCGUCCCGGCCAGUGAGCCUGCCAGCGGAACGGAUACACAACCGAGGCCAUGUAGACGAGAAUAACACCCGGAACAGCACCGAUCGAGAUGACAUGAAAGGAGGUAGUUUCGACCAGUCCAUUGAAGAAGUGGAGGAAACUGAGAGUUCAAAAUUGCGAGUGGGCACACAUUACCGGAGUACAUUUAUUGACACCCAGACGUUACGCAGGACUUGGGACAAACAAUACAAGCAUGACGUUUCCUCCAGAACUGUCAGAAUUGUGGCCAGUAGUUCGCCCACAGAGAGUGCAGCAGUGGAUGCCAGCAACUUAUCAGCUUCUGUGCCCGUAUCCUCGUCGUCUUUCUCCCUUGGAACUACUGGGAUCAUUAGCUCUGUCUUCCCUAACAGACCUUACACAGUCGCAAUGCGACCUAACAGGACUGUAAGAAGGGAGGACAAUGUAGCCAAGUACGGCUCUGUCACAACAGCUUUCAGGGCUCCCAGAACUCUGCAGCCUCCUCCAGGGACCUUCUACAAGCCCCCGUCGGGGAGCAAAGCUAAAGAGCUGCAGAACUUUGCAUUAGCUAACAGCGCAGAGGAUGAAGAUGAGGAGGAGGAGGAGGAGGAGGAGGAUGAUGAUGAGGAGGAGGAGGAGGAUGAGGAGUUGGGAAUUGAGAUAGAGGUGUCUGUAGAUGAGCCUCUGGAGGAAGACGAUGAGGCCGAGCAGGCAGCCAUGUCUCGGUCUCCCAGCUCUAGCCCUGAUGAACUGGGCCCGAACCAGGCCAAACCAGUGUACCAGAGACUAAGGCCCAGACUCCUCCUAGAGGUCGAGCAUCGAGAGGCUCAUUUUGUGUGAUCACCUGAGUGCUCGAACAAUGUGUGCCAUAUUCUAUUAGACAAAGAAAAAGAAACAUCUGCAUUGACGCUGCAAAGACAAUUUCCAGAUGCGCUAUGAUUGUGGGCACCGUACGGACAAUUAAAAGUACCUUUGGUCCUCAAAAGACAAACAAGAUGCACUUAAAAUGCUGUAUAUUUUUUAACAUGAUUCACCAAUAUUUCAUUUACCAAUCACUUGCUCAGUACACUCUGGCACCCGGUCAGAAUAUUUAUAAUUCUUUUUUUUAAACUGUGCAAUUACAUUUUUAUUUGAAUAUUUUGUACCAACUUCUUAUGGGCUCACUAUGUAUGUUUAUAUACCAAAAAAGAACUAUGUUUGAAUCGUUACAAUAGUGCAUGUAGCCACAACACUGAAAAAAUGUUUGGUGCACGUAUCAAUACUCUCACACAAAUCUCUUUUCUGAGUCGUGUUUCUACCUACUGUGAGUCAGAAUGUUUUAAACUGUUACAUUUAGCUUAUAAUUAAUAUUGUUGCUAAUAACGUGUGUAUAAAGCAAUAUAAUGACCUUUGUUACAUGCUGUACUGGGUAUCUGCAUUGGCAUUUGGUAAUGUUAUGAAGCACCAGUUGCAAAGGGUAUGCAUCCACUUGUUUUUAUACUGUUGAACCUGUAUGGUGUCAACUUACACUGAUCUGAAAAGCUUUUAGAAAUGCCACUGGAUGUAUUAUGGCGUUUUCUUUCUUAUUUUGAUAUAACUUUUACAUUUUCUUAAUAGCCAAAGCUGUUUUUCUUUUUACAACUGAAUUAGUAUGAUCAAUAACCUAAACCUUACAGGUUGUUUUGUAAGUAAUAGGACGUGCAUCAUUUAUUUAAAUGGUAUCUGUUUUUCAUGGUAAUGUACAAGGUUGACAGAAUGUUGAAAGGCUCAGUGUAAAAACAACAGGUACAUGAAAACAAUCACCCUUUUGUAACUUAUUAAAACAUAUCUGACAAAUUCCA